AUGCCAGAUAGCAAAGAAGUCAACCUCAUUUCGGUGGAUGCUGAGAAUGAUCUUAGUUCCACUAGCAACUCUUUCGAUAACGGCAAUGAUAUGGAUGCCUUGGGCAACGAUGUGGUUCUUGACAAAAAAAUGUUUCUGAUUAACGAUGCGAUUGACGAAAUUGGAUUCACUUGGUAUCAAUUCAAGAUCUUCUGCCUGGCAGGUUUUGGUUACUCUGCCGAUUCUCAAUUGACCUUGAUCCCCAGUACCGUUCAAUCGUUUGUCCAGCUACAAUAUAACAAGGAGUUCCCAGUCUCGACAGAAAUUGCAUAUGCAGGUCUAUUUGCAGGUGCAUUGCUUUGGGGUAUUUCUGCUGAUCUGAUUGGUAGACGCUUCGCAUUCAAUUCAUCUCUUUUUUUGGGAGCGUUAUUCUCGUUUGUGGUGGGCGGAACCAGUUCUUACCCCAUGUAUCAGGUCUUCAACUUUUUGUCGAAUUUGGCACUGGGAGGAAAUCUGGCUCUUGAUAUUUCGGUUUAUCUUGAGUUUUUGCCAUUCAAACAUCAAUGGACUACUACGCUCAUGGCGUUUUGGUGGGGUGUUGGACAAACUGUCUGUGUUCUUAUCGCAUGGGCUUUUUUGCCCAAAUAUUCUUGUUCUUCUGCCGACGAUUGCCCUUCCAGCUCAAACAGAGGUUGGAGAUAUGUGUGGUAUGUUAACUCUGCAAUCAUGAUGGCCGGUGCUCUAGCGCGGUUUUUUCUGGUCAAGCUCGAGGAAACACCAAAGUUUCUGGUCUCCAACAACAGAGACGAAGACGCUGUUGCAUGUUUACACAGAAUUGCCACAAAGUACAACAGACCUUGUUCCUUGACGCUUGAGCAGCUGACCGAAUGUGGUACCAUCAAAAGCAACAAGUCUUUUAAUUACACCUGGAAGGGAGGAAUCCAGCUGAUGAACCAUCACUUUGCCCUGUUGUUCCCUAAUAAGGUGUCGUCCUGGUCAACAUUUCUGAACUUUUUCUCGUGGUUUGGAAUUGGUAUAACUUACGGUUUGUUUUCAAAUUUCUUGCCGUACUUUCUUUCUUCCAGAGGAGCGCAAACCUCGAACGGAUCUGUGUAUCAGACUUAUCGUGAUAACACCAUCGCCAACUUUGUGUGCCUGUUUGGCCCCAUUAUUGCAGCUGGACUCAUUUUUAUUCCAAAAGUUGGAAGAAGAGGCACAAUGGCCAUUGGAGGUAUUUUGUCGAUGAUAUUUCUUUUCUGUUACACAACGGUCAGAACCGAGCCCCAGAACGUGGCUUUUUCAUCUAUAACCUAUCUUUGCAUCUACGUGUACUACGGUUGUUUGUACGCUUACACCCCUGAGGUAAUGCCAAGUGCGGCCCGUGGUACUGGUGCCUCGGUAGCGAUGGUGUUCAACCGGCUGGCUGGUCUCAUCGUUCCUCUGAUCGCUUACUACGGAGAUACCUCUUCCUCGGUCCCUAUAUGGGUUUGUGGUACAUUCAUUGGUGUGAUUGGGCUUCUCGCAAUAACCUUCCCGUUCGAGCCAACGACUAUGAGAUCUGUCUAG